AACGAAAGUUCCCGCGCAGGCUCGAUCAGCUGUUAAAUUCACUGGCUUGCUGGAUCUUUUUUAAGAUUAUCUUAUUUUGGAAGACCUAAAGAUGUUACGCUUCAAUUUAAUCGUGGCAGUUUGCGAGAACUUUGGCAUCGGCAUCAAGGGCGAUUUGCCAUGGCACAUUAAAUCUGAGCUGAAAUACUUUAGCCGCACUACCAAGCGAACGAGUGAUCCCGCCAAGCACAAUGCCGUGGUGAUGGGCAGGAAAACCUACUUUGGAGUGCCGGAAGGCAAGAGACCUCUGCCCGAUCGCCUGAACAUAGUUUUGAGCACCACGCUGCGGCAGGAGGAACUGCCCAAGGGAGUGCUCCUUUGUCCCAAUCUCGAGGCGGCCAUGAAGGUGCUCGAGGAGAAAAACGAUGUGGAAAACAUUUGGAUAGUCGGAGGCAGUGGAGUGUACGAGGAGGCCAUGGCCUCGCCAAGAUGCCACCGGCUGUACAUCACCAAAAUCCAGCAGACCUUCGAAUGCGACACCUUCUUUCCCGCCAUCCCCGACAGCUUUCGUGAGGUAUCACCCGAUUCCGACGUGCCACUGGGUGUCCAGGAGGAGAAUGGCAUUAAGUACGAGUACAAGGUCUUGGAGAAACAGUCGAAAUAAAGUAAUCCACUAGUUUA